AUGACUCCAAGCAAACGUGUUCCGCUGUGUGAAACACAAAUAGGCGAGUCGCGUCCGAGCGUCACCGUGACUGACAUGGACACUGUCCAGGAGGAGAACGACAACGAUAGUGACGAGUCCUCGUACUCCGACAUAGGACACUUAAGGGAAAGGACUCAAGCUAUGUUGAAUCCUAUUAUCGAGCCGCUGCUGCAGAACUCAAGCUCACUGCCUAACAGCCGCCGAGUAUCAAACGAUAUAGAUGUCAAACUGGCUGCUAAUCUAAAUACUAGGCGUCCUUCAGCAAUAAUAGCAGCGUUCCGUCGACCAUCGCAGGCGCUAGCACUAUGCGCGGCGACCCAAAGACGCUUCUUAUCUGAAUUGACACCACAUUCACGAACCUCAAUGGCUUCCACCCACGAACCGCCAGCCUCAGCCGCCGAGAUAUUGGGACAUGAAGCUUUAAGUAAAGCACUAUCGGCACUUUAUGCAAAGCUCUUAGUAGUGCUUGGACUGGCAUUUCCUGUUACUGAAGUAAUAGCAAAUGGUGUGCCCGAUGCCUAUUACCAGGGAUUUUAUUUAUAUUUGUAUUUAGUAUCUUUAAUGUUUGUUAUAUUUCAAUAUGCGAAUAUAAUGCGAGAAAAGGCAUUCAACAUGAUAAUUAAUAGCCGCGAAGCAGAAAACCAAAAUGGCAAUGGCAAAACGACACCAAUUGAGAAAUUAAAGAAAAAAGAAACUUUAUCUCGAUAUGGAAGUUUUUAUUUAAGAUUAGGUGCUAUAGCAUUUGGCAUCGGGUCCAUGGUGUACAGCGGCUUAGAAUUCGGUGAAUAUUUUGAAACGACGGACCGUUGUAGAUAUUUUUUAUCUGCAUUAACUCCAGCAUUAAGAAUGGCGCUAACUCUUGUCCAGAUGCAAUUCAUAUUUCUCACAAACAAAGACAUUGAAGCAGGAAGUUUUAAAAUGAUACAGAGAUUUGGAUUUAUGCAUUUGAUAGCCACAAAUCUAUGCGAAUGGCUAUAUGUACUUGUUGAAGAAACAAAACAUGAAAUUCACCAUCUAGAACACUCAAUGACUUCAAAAACCAACACUAGUCUUCAUAAUAUAGAGGAACCUUGUAGACGGUCCAAUAUAAUGGGAACAUUAGUACAAAAUGCAUCACCCUUCCUUUUUCCUUGUACUAUAGAAUAUUCGCUUAUUUGCGCUGUUAUUUUAUACGAAAUGUGGAAAGAGGUUAAAUGUACUCCAGAAGACUUUGAAAAGAAGUUUAACUACCCCAGAAACAAAUCUCGUAAUAAUUCAGUCACUCCUGAAAAAAUAAUACAACAAUUCGCUGGUAUGCUUGGCGUAAGCUCUCCUCAUGGAAGUCGAACAGCACUCCACCAUUUCUCUGUAGACUGCUCUCAUGCACAUCGAGGCCUAUUCGCUGGAAUACUCGUUAUUGUUCUCACUAUAAUAUCAUUAAUUAUGUUUUUUGUACUUGCGAGCCAUCCAAACACAGUUAAUGAAGCAAUAUUUGAAGUAAACGUGUGUGAGUUGAUAUUAUACUCAUUGACUUUGUUAGGUACGGCUAUUGCUCUAAAGCAAAUGAGAGUUCUUCCAUACAAACGAAAGUCCCAAGCUGUCUUGGGAUUAGAUACUUCAUUGUUAGUUCUAGCACAAUCUGGAAUGUUUGUGUAUUGCAUGUUCAGUCUGAUUGGAUGUCAUCAUACGGUUAAUCACAGCAAUGGCGCUGGACUUACUGGUUUCUUCUCCGAAUUUCUAUCUUUGAAUCAGACAAUAUUGCAAUCUUUAUUUAUAAUCGACGCGUGGUGGCGACGCAGCAGUAAUUCAGAGCAAAGACGUAAGAAACCGGGGCGACAACUUGUGACCUUCUUACUAGUUGCAAACAUGGCCAUGUGGGCAAUUAACACACUUGAAAAGAAUCGUGCAGAAUUUCGUCCAACUCACCUCGCUUUCUACGGACCAUGGGCAUGGACGAUCAUUACGCAUGUGUCGAUGCCACUAGCGAUUUUCUACAGAUUUCACUCCACUAUCUGUCUUUUCGAGAUAUGGAAAAACUGCUUCAAAAACAAACCUUUAUAUUUAAACGUU